UUUUGACAGUUGUUGACGCCAGAUUUCACUUCUAGUUUGUUUUCAUUCAUUUCGCACUAAAAAUCAAUAUUUUCGUCAUCGGAAAUGUGAAAUGAGUGGUUUGUGUAGCUGAUUCGGGCUUUGGAAUGGCGACGCGUCGUCCCCCAAGUUCGGCCCCCAUGGAGUCCGUCCCCAAUUCCUCGGACCCUCUUCGUGAGCUGUUCGAGGCUUGCAAAGUUGGCGAUAUUUCCCGAGUCCGCAAACUGGUAACCCCCCAAACUGUGAACGCGCGAGACACCGCUGGCCGCAAAUCCACUCCUCUACAUUUCGCAGCUGGGUAUGGCCGGAGAGACGUGGUGGAGUUUUUGCUAUCAGCGGGGGCUUCCAUCCAGGCGCGCGACGACGGGGGCCUUCACCCCUUGCACAACGCUUGCUCCUUCGGACACGCCGAUGUGGUGAGACUGCUCCUGGAAGCGGGGGCUAACCCCAACACGCGCGAUAAUUGGAAUUAUACACCGCUGCAUGAGGCUGCAAUUAAGGGAAAAGUCGACGUUUGUAUUGCGCUUCUCCAGCAUGGGGCGGAGCCCGACAUUACGAAUUCGGAAGGAAAGACUCCUCUAGAUGUCGCUGAUAAUUCAACAAGGGCUGUGCUUACGGGAGAGUACCGGAAGGAUGAGCUUCUGGAGGCUGCACGUUGUGGCGCUGAAGACAAGCUUUUAGCACUUUUGACCCCCCUUAAUGUUAAUUGUCACGCUAGCGAUGGACGACGGUCCACGCCAUUGCAUCUAGCAGCUGGGUAUAAUAGGAGUCGUGUCGUGCAACUACUCCUACAACAUGGGGCUGAUGUGCACGCCAAAGAUAAAGGUGGACUCGUCCCUCUACACAACGCGUGUUCAUAUGGCCAUUUCGAAGUAACCGAAAUGCUAAUCAAACAUGGUGCUAACGUCAACGCUAACGAUCUUUGGGCUUUUACUCCCUUACACGAAGCAGCUUCAAAAUCCCGUCUUGAAGUUUGUUCGUUACUCUUGAGCGAAGGUGCAGAUCCAACUCAACUUAAUUGUCAUUCAAAAUCGGCGAUAGAUGUUGCACCGACUCGAGAAUUACAAGAACGACUAUCUUGUGAGUAUCGAGGACAUCAAUUAUUAGAUGCAUGUAAACAAGCCGACACCACCAAACUAAAAAAGUUCCUCACAUCCGAAGUAGUGAAUUUUAAACAUCCGUAUACGGGCGAUACGGCGUUACAUAUAGCGGUGAAUUCACCCUAUCCUAAACGUAAACAAAUCAUCGAGUUGUUGAUACGUAAAGGAAUUCAUUUGAAUGAGAAAAAUAAAGAUUUUUUAACACCGCUUCAUCUUGCUGCUGAUAAUUCGCAUCUAGAUCUUAUGGAAGUGCUAUUGAGACAUGGUGCUAAAGUUAAUGCUUUGGAUGGAUUGGGACAAACGGCGUUACAUAGAUGUACCAAAGAUGAUAACGUUCAAGCUUGUAGACUUUUACUUUCGUACAACGUCGAUCCGUCAAUUGUCUCGUUACAGGGAUAUACAGCGGCGCAAUUAGCCGGCGAAAAUGCCCAAAAACUAUUCCAAGACCCUCCAGCCGUGAAUGGUGACGUAGAAUGCCAAGUAUUGGAGGCAGCGAAAUCCGGUGACCUCGAACAAGUCCAAAGACUCCUCGAAACAUACCCCAAUACUGUCAAUUGUCGCGAUUUAGACGGCCGUCAUUCGACUCCCCUCCAUUUCGCAUCCGGUUAUAACCGAGUUGCUGUGGUUGAGUACCUCCUCCAACAAGGUGCCGACGUACAUGCAAAAGAUAAAGGCGGUUUAGUACCAUUACAUAACGCUUGCUCCUACGGUCACUACGAAGUGACUGAAUUGUUAGUAAAACAUGGAGCUAACGUAAACGUUGCCGAUUUGUGGAAAUUUACACCGUUGCAUGAAGCUUCAGCGAAAGGUAAAUACGAAAUUGUGAAGUUAUUGUUGAAACAUGGCGCUGAUCCAACGAAAAAAAACCGAGAUGGGGCAACAGCGCUUGAUUUGGUGCGUGAGGGGGAUCAAGACGUCGCUGAUUUGUUGAGAGGGAAUGCAGCGUUAUUGGAUGCAGCCAAAAAGGGGAAUUUGGCGAGGAUUCAGCGGUUAAUAACCCCUGAAAAUAUCAACUGUCGUGAUGUACAAGGGAGGAAUUCGACUCCGUUACAUUUGGCCGCGGGUUAUAACAAUGUGGAAGUGGCUGAAUAUCUCCUGGAACAUGGUGCUGAUGUUAAUGCCCAAGAUAAGGGUGGUUUAAUACCGUUACAUAAUGCUUCGAGUUAUGGACAUUUAGAUAUUGCUGCUUUGUUGAUUAAAUAUAAUACUGUGGUGAAUGCUACCGAUAAGUGGGGUUUUACACCGUUACAUGAAGCGGCCCAAAAAGGCAGGACCCAAUUGUGUGCCCUUCUUUUAGCUCACGGUGCUGACCCCUUUUUGAAAAACCAAGAAGGUCAAACCCCAAUGGAUUUAUCAAGUGCAGAAGACGUCCGUUGUCUCCUCCAAGACGCAAUGGCUUCGCAACAAGGUGUCCCCACAGCGCCCCCAUCACGCCCCCUUUCCGUCGUUUCUUCCAAAUCACCAAGUCCAUCUCUCACUUCUUGUGUUAACAACACUGAAACUGUUUUAAUGCCUUCGGGGGCUUCAAUUCAAUUAACAAUUCCAAUAGGUAGUAGAUCAAGUGUGGCAAUAAUUGAAGGUUGUUGCUCCUCAUCGAAAUUGGAAGGUGACGAUCAAGAAUUAAUCGGAAAUGUAACCAAUAUUUCAACGUUUCUUGCAAGUCUCAAUUUGGAACAAUUGAUUGAUAUUUUUGAACGUGAACAAAUCACGUUGGAUAUUUUAGCUGAAAUGAAUCACGAGGAUUUGAAACAAAUUGGAAUUUCGGCGUAUGGAUUUAGACAUAAGUUGAUUAAAGGAAUGGAAAGAUUGAUGUCGAGUUGUGAAGGAUUGAGAUUAAUGCCUUCAAAUCCGGGGACUUUGCUUAUUGACCUUUUAGCAGACGAUAAAGAGUUUAUUACUGUUGAAGAGGAGAUGCAGAAUAGCAUUCGGGAGCAUAGGGAUAAUGGACAUGCUGGGGGGGUUUUCAACCGAUACAACAUCGUUAGGGUAAUUAAAUGUUUUAUUAUUAUGUUGGCAACAGUGAUCGUUAAAUUAAAAAAAAAAAACUCGAAAAACUACCAAAUUGGUUAAAAAUAUUUUUUUUACAAAUUUUUA